UCUAAAAAGAUCAUCACAACUGAACCCGACUUUUCUCUCGAGUCGUCGUCUGAUUCGAUGGAAGAUAACGAAGCGCUUCGAGAGGAAGAAGACGCUCACAAUUUUGAUGGCGAAGAAUACGAAUCGAUGGCUAACUCCGGUUCAGACAUCAAUCCCAACGACUUCUUGGAGACUAAGCUUCGAUGUCACGGAGCCUUCUUCUCAUCCUAUAAUCCGAGGUUAGGAGUGGUGGAAAAGCCGGUGAAACGGAAUGAGGCGUGUCGUCCACUGGUCGGACCGGACGGCAAAUUCCUAUAUCCGUGUAGUUAUUGCAACAAAACGUUUUGUUCGCUUUCAGAUCUCAACCGACACAUGAACUUUCACGAAGACGUCCGGCCUUUCAAAUGCGAGUUUUGCGAAUACCAGAGUCGAACCAAUAGUCAACUCAAAGUCCAUAUGAUGAGACACGCCGGAAUAAAGCAAUAUUUAUGUCAGAUCUGUGCCUACAAUGGAGUCACACAAUCAGAUUUGAACCGUCACUGCAAGACCAGAAGUCACGCAUUGAGAAGCGCUAACAUCUGUCCGCUGUGUUCACUGGGAUUCUCGACCCAAACCCUACUCGACGACCAUAUAUUGAAAUUUCACGAAAUGUCCGAAUCGUCCGAUUGUUCCGAUAAGACGAAUAAGACGUCGAAUUUGGCGCUGAAGACGUCCACUCCUCAGCCCAACAACAAUGAGCUCUCAUUCUCAUCAAAAAGCUUUUCAGUCAAAGAGAUAUUGAAUUAGAAUUUUAAGUUUUCAAAACAUUUUGCAAAAUGUUUCACACUUUCUAAGAGCUGUAUAUUUAUUUUGGCCUCAAUUUCGCAUUAUUUUCAGGUCUUAAUUAUGAAUAUUAUUAUAUUAUAUAUAAUGCUGUGAUUUAUGAAGUGUUCCUC